AUGGCUUAUUAUGAUCCACCGGCGCUUUUGACGCCAGACUCGGGCUCUCCAGCCUAUACUUCUCGUCACACUCGUUCAAAAUCGUAUUCCCACAGACCCCAGGUGGUUACAGGACCACCACCAUCACACCUCGGAGCCCCGCAGACCGGAAAUCGGUAUCUUGCAACUGCAAAUGAGCCUCCGCAAACCCCAACCGUUUCCGGUACAGUUCCGCUGUACCGCCGUCAUUCUAAAAAGAAAUCGUCUCAGAUUCUAGUCGAGCCCAUGGGCGCUCAGCACCAAAUCAACUACAUGCCAAUGUCUCCCACAGUUGCAAUUCCGCAAGGUCUGGAGAAUAUUAUCCAGCCACCUCCAAUGACACCAGUUUUCCCGCAGCAUCAGUAUCAAUAUCAAUCUCAACCUCAUCCUCAAUCUCAACCUCAAAAUCAAAAUCAUGGAAAUUCUCUUACAGUAUUUACAACUGGACAUGCGGGGAUGCACCAUCAGCAAGGGAUGCUCUCCCCAGCUUCAGCAGCCUCUAAUACACCAGGGUCUAGAUAUAUUGCAUAUGGCUCGUCUCCAACAAGUGCCAUCCAUCCUUCUUUCCAUCAAGACCCACCCCCAGCUAUUCAACUCAAUAAGCCUACCUCUCUCGAAAUCAAUUCAACUGCUAGCUCUCUAUCCUCUUCUUCUACUUUUUCUUCUUCUCCUUCUUCUUCUGCCUCCUCUUUUUCAGUUCCAGUAACCCCGGCCUCAGCGGUAGAACAUCUGCCCCUGACAAGCGUUGAAACUACCUCCUUGUCACAACCUCAGCAACUCCAUCUAGGACCCUCAUUACCGUUCCCCGUGAUAGAUGGAUCUGUUUCAUCAUCAGCUAACAUCAAAAAUGCAACGGUUUCAAGGUCUUCUUCUUCUUCUGCUUCAGGGUUCCGUAAAGUCCAUGGUCACAAUAGAACCAUCUCUAUGGGCGAGUUUGAUCGCCAUUCACGAUACGCCCCCCCUCCACCAUUACCACCUUUCCCCGCAUACCUAGGCUCUUCACCAUCGCCUGGAGCGUCAUCUCUCAAGAGUUCAACAGUUGCGUCACAAAUACCCAGUGGAACUGCGGCUACUUCUCCCAGUGGUGCUUUACCAUCAAUAUUAUCAAAUUCCUCUUCCGGUCCUUUAAUCACUUCUGGCACCACUAAUACCAAUACCGACUCGGGGAUUCCUGGGGCUGCAUAUCUCCCUACAAAUUUCCAAAAACCGCGCACUCACUCAAAUGCAAGCUCAAAGUCUCUUGUCUCCGGAUCCGCAUCUCCCAUCUCUAUCCACAGCUCUCUUGCUUCUAGUCCUAUUAUUCCAGCGGCUCCUCCUGUUGACGAUAAGCCUUUGUCCCGGAGCUCCUCUGUCUCGUCAACAAACCUAGAAAAUCGGCAACAAGCAGCAACCCUUGCCGCUACAGCUACAGAUCCACCGUCAUCACCUUCUUCUCCAUCCCCACCAUCACCUACCUCGAACAAAUUUUCCACAAACACCCUCACUUCUGGAGCCUCGGUUCUCAUUGCUGGCCAAUUUUUCUCAAAACUUGUUACUUUUUCGCUCAAUCAGCUCAUUUUCAGAUUUGUGGGUCCUGAGGUGGUCGGAGCAAACUCCCAACUUGAACUUUUUGUUUCAACCAUCCUUUUUUUUUCUCGUGAAGCUAUCCGUUUGGCUACACAACGUCAAACUCUUUCAGGGAAACGGCCUGACGUAUACAGAUUUGAGGGAGGGGUUGUAGAAAAUACACUUUCAGGAACCGUUCAAGAAGUCAUCAAUAUUGGCUUUUUACCAGUUCUUAUGGGUAUUCCCCUAGCCGCCAUUCUUUCAUUUACAUAUUUGCAUUACAAUAAUACCCCAGAUGACUCGCGCACUAUUAGCAUUGCUGUGGCCAUUUUUGCUCUUGCUGCCAUUAUCGAGCUUGCUUCUGAGCCUGCCUUUUUGCUUUUCCAACUUAAGCUUCAGUUUAAAAAGCGUGCUUCUUUCGAGUCUAUUGCUGUCACUUGCCGCUGUAUCCUUACCUUUUUCAUCUCUCUUGCUGACCACCGAAACAAUGUUGUCAACUCUAUUAUUGCAUUUGCCGUAGGCCAACUUGCCUAUGCUUCGGUUCUAACAGGUCUCUAUAUUUUUGAGGGUCUCAAGGAGGCUCAUGCUGGCCAAUAUGAACUAACAUACCCUAGACCCAUUUGGAAAGACGUUGCUUCAGAAAAGACUACUGCCGACAUGCUCAAAAACGGCAAUCACCGUGCUGCAGCUACGACGACUGCCUCGUCAACUGUUUCUGUGGGCCAAGAAACAAAAACCUACUUUAAUGCAUCAACUAUGCAACUUGCGACCUCUAUUUGGCUUCAAACUGUUUUUAAACAUUGUCUCACUGAAGGUGAUAAGUUUCUUGUUUCCCUCUUUUUGCCAAUGGCUGAUCAAGGGGUUUAUGCUGUAGUUGUAAACUAUGGUUCACUAAUUGCCCGACUUGUUUUCCUCCCUAUUGAAGAAGCCCUUCGCAGCUUCUUUUCCAAAAUCUUAUCCAAUGAUGCCGAAAACAUAUCUGCUCCUGAUAUGGAACUUUCCAUUUUGGUCCUCUCAACACUUCUCCGCUUCUAUUCGUACCUUUCUCUUUUUGCCCUCACUUUUGGCCCAGUUGUUGCUGCAUACCUGCUCCAGUUUCUUGUUUCCAAAGUCUGGUAUGCUCAGACUGAUGCCGCCGUUGUACUGGCGACAUAUGCUUGCUACAUUCCAUUUUUAGCUAUGAAUGGUGCUUUAGAAGCUUUUGUCCAAUCUGUUGCUACCCCUGCGGAUAUCAAACACCAAAGCUCUGUUAUGCUCAUCUUUUCACUCUCUUUUUCUGCUGCUGCUUACCUUCUCAUGCGACCUCUUGGCCUUGGUGCCCAAGGCCUUGUGCUUGCAAAUAUGUUUAACAUGGCUCAACGCAUUGGCUGGUGCCUCAUGUGGAUUGAGUCUUACUACAAAAAGCUUAGAGAAAAUAGCGAUGAUAUUGCAAAGGCAGCAGUGGAAAUUAAGCAAGAACUUUCGGAGGAAAAGAAGAAAGAAGAGCUUAUAACAAAAGAAAAGGAAACCACUACCAAAGCUAAAGCCACUGGUACUGAUGCUCAAACUUCCACUGGCCCUCACAAACGAAAAAAUGCAAUUGUACCUGAAAAGGAGGAUGCUAUUGAGAAGAGUGAACUAGAUGAAUCCGACAAAAAGGAUAAUGAUAACGAUGAAAGCACCAAGGAGAAGACUGCGCCCUCCCACCCCACUCCGGAGAACCGUGCGCAGCAGACCGCGUCACACUGCGCGCUCGCGUACUCGCCCUGGGGCUGGCUGCGUCUCGCCAUUCCGUCUCCCGUUGUCCUGGCCUCCUUUGUACUUCUUAUCCUCCCAGUUUCAUGGCUGCUAGUUGGACGUGCAGCUCGGCUAACUCAGUUUGCACAACAGGUGGCGUUGGCACUGGGACUUGCUGUUGUUGUAGCAGUGGCUGAACGCGAAUUACUUCUCGGUGCUGGACGUAACUUUUGGGCAAAAAUCUCCAGCCAGCGCAGCAAACGCCGUGCUUGA